AUGCAGCCCUCUUUCACGUCUUCCAGUAUCAACGUUCAAAUGAAAGAUGAAUUGAGCUUGACGAGUUCUACGAGCAGGAAAGGAGGUCUUUCUCCAAAAUGCUCGCAGCAAAUGCCACCCGAACACAAAAAGGCGACAACACUCAAAUUCACGACUCUCGACGAUCAACGAAGAGCGGCUCGGGUGCAACUUGUGCUUUGUAACGCCUACGAGAGACCCGUCUUCUUCACACUCAAAUGCAGCUCGACUAGUAUUUCGGCAACACCAGCCGGAUCAGGAAAUAUUGCGGCGAAAAGUCAGGCUCGCCUCUUUCUCACUUGGCAGUUGCCCUCUUAUUCGAGCAAUUGGAACGAGAUCUCAUCGGCAAAAAUUCUUCUAAUUACAAAUUUCCGAGAUCAGAGUGGCUCCGAUGGGCAAUCGCCACUCGAGGAUCGUUGUUCGACGCGUUUGACGUGUUUUGUGAAUGAGGACGUUGUGUGCAAUGGAAGCAAUCCACCCACCAAGCAGCUCAUCCUCGACGCGCUUGCCAAGCAAAACGAGUCCAGACACGGCAUCGCAUCCAGCAGCGAUUCCGAGCGUUGGCAGACGAUUGAUGUGCGCGAAGUCGUGAACGCGAUCUCCGAUUUCUACUUCCAAUUGUCCCCAGGAUUGAGAGCAGUGGUGAUCGCCAUACUCGUCUUCAUAACUUAUUCGAUUCUUGGGAAAGCCAGCGCACAAGGAGAGAACAACGAAAUGAGCCAAAGCCAAAGCCAAAUGAUCAUA